AUGCUCAGCAUCAGCGGUCUCUCGUCCGCCUCCAAGAUCACCCUCCUAAACGCAAAGUACAUGGCACACCAUCUCUCCGGACACUACAACCUUCAAUUCAAGAACGACAAUGGUCAUGUGGCACACAGGUUGCUUAUCGACCCGGCCAAGUUCGACAAGGCUGCCGGAACCAAGGUGACCGACUUUGCUAAGCGGCUGCAAGUGCGAUUGACGUUCUUGGCCUAUCUCAACCGUGCUAUGAGCAUAACCUAA